AUGGAACAUGGUGCUUCCGAUCUGCCAAGAUUAUCUGAAACUGCAGGAAUAGGUCAGCUUUGGGUUGAUAAUAACUCUGUAGAAUGGUGGUCUGAGGGAUCAUGCCUUAGAAGGUACAAUUUCGACACUCCGGUGAUAUUUUCUGGUUUCAAACGAUGGGAUGACUUGGGUUUAACUUUAUGCAUUGUAUUGAAAGACGCUGUACAUUUCCACUAUCUUAGCGACAACGAUUCGUUUGUGGUUUCAUUACCUUUCCACACAUCUAAAGCAUGUAUCUUCAAAAAUGGACUUAUAUUGCAGAGGGUAAUGCAGCCUGAUACCUUGGACUAUAAUGCGAAUUUUGAGAACUAUAGAUUUAUUUGCAUCACUCAUCCGAUGUCACCAUUUGGGUCCAUUCAAUUCCCAUCCACUGCAUCACCAACGGAUUUAAAUGAUAUUGAGCUCAUAUACUUCCCAAAAGCAGAUUCUUUUGGAGUGGCACUUUUCUAUCAACGAACCACUGAACAGUUAUUUUUCUAUAGUAUACAACUAUUACAAGACAGUUCAGAUUCGGUGACGUUAAAAUCUCCGACUUUGAGUUUAGAUUCAUCAAACUCUGUGAGAAAGAAAAGUUACGGCAACCUUGCUCCCAAUACUCCUGGGUCAAGCGCUUCCCUUUCUAAUGCCAUACAACGUCGUAAGACUUCUGAUAUACCUUAUGGUUUCAACAACAAUAAUUUAAAUAAUAACUUGAGGAAAAGAUCUGCAUACAACAGGAGAGCAACAUCAACAAAUUGGACCGCGGAGGAUACCAAUUCGGAGAUGACGAAUACACUGCAUGUAAGUGCCAAGCUUGCACAGACACCCAACAGAAUGAAUUCGUCAUCUUUAUCAAAAAGAAGCAUGUCAACAAAUGUGGAGAGAAUCAUGGAAAUGACGCCUACGAUGAAUGCACCUGAUCAGUCAAUAUCAAGUGACAUUUCCAAAGAUGUUUACCUAACAAAAAUUACUGCAGUGAAAGUACCUUCAUUAUCGUCCAAGGGAAAAGUAGUAUCAACCAAGAUGGGUGAUAAGCAAGCUAUUGGAAUAUUAGAUAACGUGAAUGGUUGGGGCAAGAUAUGGAUCUUCAACUUGAACAAUUCUGUCAUGACGAAUGUCAGGUUCAAAGCAUUUGGAUACUCUCCAAUUUCAAUGACGAAAACCAUGGAUAUAAAACCUGGGAUUGUGCGAGACGUUUGUGUAUAUAAUUCGGAAGAUCUCAUCGGUUACUUCGCCUUUUUGCAGAAGGAUACACUAAUAUUGUACAACCCAUAUCUGGAGAUUACAUCCCCCGAGUUCCAACUCCAUGUCUCGAGUCCUGAUGAUUGUUACUAUAUUUCAGAUUCUUAUAUGAUAAUAAGCAGCAGCAAUUCUUGGGAAAUUGUUCCUUCUCCUCAUACGUAUCCGACUGGAAAUGCCUUGAAAUCAAUAUUUAUUGGUAUCAAAUACGUACUACACGAAACUUUUCAUUUAUUUUUAGCUAUAUGGCAAGCACAAAGAUCAGAGCUGGAAAAAUCUAACACCUCUCCGCUACAUGUUGCAGACUCUGAUCAGGAUUUCAUUGCAUUACAAAACACUAUCCUUCUAAACCUUGAUAAUUGUAAUGACACAUUCGCUCAUCCCUUGUAUAAAGAAGAUCCUUCAUGGCUUGCCAAAGUUACUAUGUGUCUACACCUAAUGCGGGAAGAGUUUCAACUAAAUAUUUAUGAGCUUGAAAUUGUAAACAAGCUUGCUCGGCUACUCACUAACCUCACUAGUUUAAUGAAUUGGCCUCAAAUCUGGAUUGACUAUUACCACUCGCCGGAAGAUCGAUUACAUCCCUUGACAAUUGUAUUUGAUCAACCCAUUGAUGAACCUCCAUCGAUAUUCAAGACUUUAUACAGUGCUAGACAACAGUCUCAUGUCCCACUAACGCCAUUCAUUACACUAUCACGUCUAAUAAAUGACGAUUCAUGCGAUAUUGAUGAUAUCGUGACCCCUCUAACCAACAAAAUGUUGAAAUUGUUUCAAUCCUUAACAGGCAAUACUACACUAAAUCUCUUACAAUUACUGGGACAGCUGAAUAUUGGGAAAACUGAAUUGGAAGCUCUACCUGUUGGGAUAUACGUGCCUUUGAAAAGGUUAUUGUUAGAUGUUGAAAAUGAAAUCGACCAUGUUGACGAAAACGUCGAUAUCGAUUUGAUUGACAGAACUGAUUUGCGAAUAAUAAAAGAUUUCAUUUCUUCACAACAACAGAAGAAGCUUCCUGGUCAGUUUAAAAGCCAGAAUAUUUCCAACAUAGCAUCAUCAGAACCGCGAUCUAUUUUGCAAAUUUACAAACAAAUUGCUGAGAAGAGUCUGAAUGUAAGUUCAAAAUCUUCUAAAAUUGAAAGCAUAAACUAUGAUAUGAUCUCUACGAAGAAACCAAUUUUCAAUCACAAGGAGCUCUUUCUGGAUUUUGUAAAAACUUUAUCCUAUUCUAAAACGCAUUCUGUUGAUUUACCAAAGCUAAAGUUGGAUUAUAGUAACCUACUUAUUCUGAAAAAGCGGACCGCAACGGCAAUGGCAUAUAGGGCUCUAACCAGUGGGUUUGGUUAUGCAGCGUCUUUUCUUUGCUCAGAUCCUACAUUGAAUCAACAUAACUUUGUGGAAGAUUCGUUGUCUUUAAGUUUUCAUUUCGACGUUGAUGACACCGUAAUAUCUCUCGAGAAAAACUCAUUUCCUGAUGACAUUCUCGGUUGGGGGGCUUUUCACAGAGGUGUUGCCAAAGGACUUGCAUUAGACACGGAUAAAAAACCACUCACAAGUGGUUGGCUAAACUUUAACAAUCAAGACGUACUGGACCCUGAAUAUGGAGGAUUUUUGUUAGGAUUAGGCUUAAAUCGUCACUUGUCAGUAUUAGGUGAAUGGCAAUUGUACAACUUUUUGAGUCCAAAAAAUACAUAUGUCAGUAUAGGGCUCUUAUUGGGAAUGUGCGUGAGUAUGAGAGGUUCGAUGAGUUUAAAGAUGACCAAAGUACUCAGUGUUCAUGUUCUGGCAUUACUACCGCCGGGAUCUAGUAACUUGAACAUUGACUAUAAGAUACAAAGUGCUGGCUUAGUGGGGCUUGGAAUUCUUUAUGAGAAUACUCAUAAUCGAAGAAUCUCAGAACUAUUCUCUAACGAACUCACUUCUUCGAUAAACAUCAAUGAUGAAAAUGUUCCUGAUGAAGGGUACAGACUAGCUUGUGGAAUUGGAAUAGGUUUGAUCAAUAUGGGUUGCGGUGAAAAAAGCACAAACCCUAAGGCUGGGGGCGAUUUUGACGAUUACAACUCACAUCACCCCAAAGGUUCGAUUGACCCACAAGAUACCAAUGAAGGAGAUCGUUCAUUUGAUUUUUCUUUCAAGAGUGGUACUAUGGACCCAAAAAUCAUUGAAAAACUAGUUAAUAUCGUGGUGUCUGUAAAUGACGUUGGAGAAGACUGGAUGCCAGUGAACUCUCAAUUGGGUGCUCUUAUUGCAUUGAUGUUAGUUUUCUUGAAGACAAAUUGCCAAACUAUUGCAGAUACGAUUUCUGUUUCCAAACCUAAGGAAGAGGUUGAUUCGAGUAUCUACACCCGUCCUGAUUUGUUUAUUUAUCGAGAAUGGUGUGUGAAUAUGAUCAUGUGGGAUAAGAUACCUCUUGAUUGGCGAUGGAUAUUAGAAAUUUUACCGAGAAGUUUUGAUCCCAAAAAUGUAACUAGUGAUAUAUUACCAAUAUAUUAUAGAAUUGCAGGGAGAUGUCUUUCAGUGGGAGUCAAAGGCGCCUCCUCUAACUCUAUUUCAUUGAGGGAAGGGCUUUGCAGGAUAUUAGACAUGUUUUUACCAAUGUAUCAAUAUUCAUUGGAAAAGCGGGUUGAUAGCCAGUUACUCUUCAAAGGAAUUACUAAUUUGAUAAAUUGUGUGGUUUUAGCGAUGAGUUUGAUAAUGGCAGGAUCUGGUGAUAUAGAGGUAUACAAGAGGAUACGAUAUCUACACUCAGUUUCACACGGAAGAAACUCUUACUUGUACUCAAUGUCAAGGAAAGACCCUUCCAAUACCUUCGAAGAAGUAGAAGAGGAAAUUCUCAACAUCGGAAUUGCAGAGCGGCCAAAGAAUGUUGAUUAUGAUAACCACUAUGGAAAAUUUAUGACGACAAAUAUGUGCAUGGGAUUUUUAUUCCUUGGGUUAGGGCAUUAUGCGUUGAGAACUGCCAACAUAAAAGACCUUUCAUACUUAAUAAUCUCCGUUAUUCCAACUUUCAAUUCUCCUUACUAUUUACAAGAGACCAAGUAUCUCUGGCGAUUAGCCAUGAGUGAACGAUUUCUAUUGGUCAGAGAUGCUACAACGGAGGAGCUAAUCAGUGACGUGCCGUUGUUGAUAACGAGUAAAGAUACGAAAAGUAAUGAAGUUUUACACGAAAUGAAGUCUCCCUGUCUACUUCCUGUGAUUGAAAGUAUAGUCAGAAUUCAAGUACGGGCUCCAAUGUACUAUCCACUAACGUUGGAAUUUGGAGAGAAUAAAUUGAACAUUGACAAGUUCUUUGAGAAGGGUUGCUUUAUUCACGUAAAGAAAAGAUCCAUCGAAGAUUAUGGAAAGCUUGGAGAGAAAACUGCAAAGAAUGAUUUAAAGGCAAUGUAUUACAAAAGCUUGUUAACUCAGCGUACUGCGAAUUCUCUAUUGGGAGACACAUCUGAAGAAAAGAAGUCAUUUUACGAAGAAUUUUGUAGUAAGAAUGUUGAGGAUUUGGAAUUGGCACAUUACCAAAAUCCAACCCAAGAAUUUAACUUGAAUCUCCUAACAGGGCUAGAUUCAUUCGAUUUUGAAUUAGAGAUAUGGAGGAAACGUCAUGAUUUAUAG